AUGGCUGAAAAUUUCACUGAGAUCUCUCCGGCAAUUCUCUACUGGGGCACUCCAGUCUGUCUCAUCACAACUACGAAUCCAGAUGGAAGCCACAAUAUUGGUCCUAUACCUUCAAUUUUUUGGCUGAGUCAUAGCUGCAUGAUCGGACUGGAUGCUAGCAGCCAGACUACAGGAAACAUUCAAAGGAAUGGGCACUGCACGCUCAACCUGCCCUCUGACGACAUGAAACACGCCGUCAACGCCAUUGCAAGAACGACAGGCAGCAGUCCCGUACCCGACAGUAAACAGGUUCGCGGUUAUACACACGUUAAGGACAAGUUCAGAUGUGCAAACGUCACUCCACUACCAUCGUUAAAGAUCGCGUCGCCCGGCAUUACGGAAUGCCCUGUCGUGAUGGAAGCUGAGCUCGUGAACACGCAUAAGAUGUUCAAAGGCCUGCCGAUUUUCGGGGGCAUAUUGGUCUUCGAACUGCGAAUCGUCAACGUCAGAAUACACCGAGGCUUAAAGCUGGACGGAUAUCAGAACCGCGUUGACGCUGAAAAGUGGAAGCCUAUGAUCAUGAUGUUUUCUGAACUGUACGGACUACGGGAGGGUAAGCUGGUGGAGUCAAAACUGGCCAAGAUCGAGGAGGAGUGUACCGGCCAUUUACCGGAUCUGAGGCUUAAGGCAAACACGUAUAAAAGGACACACUUUAAAAGCGGGAAUGAUCUUGAUGCCUUGAAUUUCCUUCUUGUCCGUUUAUGA